CCCUCUCUGCUCUGGUAGGUCCACCAUGGUACAGGCAGCAUCUUGCAGCACAAUGGUCGUAAGGUGGUGAGCUGAGUGGAGAGUGAUUCAGCAUCAGCAAACCUCGGUUCUGUCCACCUCUGCUUUUUUUUGUGUAAUUCUUUUUUUUUUUUUUUUUUUGGAGUCCACAUCAUUCGCCAUCUUUAUGAAGCAUCCUUCAGUAGCAGCAGCAGCAGCAGCAGCAGCAGCCAUGGUCGCCGCACCGUCUACCAUCGGGAUGUUUUGAAAAAAACAAAACAAAAAAAAACAGGGACUGUCACCGGGACUGGGAUCGUCAUCAUCAGCUGGCGCGGAAUGGUAUUUAUGAGCAGACAUUUCUUAUAUAACUGCAGCCAACCAAUCCUGGAUGUGAAGAUAGCCUUUUGUCAGGUGUGUGUUCCUUACAGGUAAAAAAGGGUUUUGGAAAACAAGUGGAUGUGUCAUACAUCGCCAAGCAUUACAACAUGAGCAAAAGCAAAGUGGACAACCAGUUCUACAGUGUGGAAGUGGGAGACUCUACCUUCACAGUUUUAAAACGUUACCAGAAUUUAAAGCCCAUCGGCUCUGGAGCUCAGGGAAUCGUCUGUGCGGGCUAUGACGCUGUCCUGGACAGAAAUGUGGCCAUCAAGAAGCUGAGCAGACCCUUCCAGAACCAGACCCACGCUAAGAGGGCGUACCGGGAGUUGGUGCUCAUGAAAUGUGUCAAUCACAAAAAUAUUAUCAGUUUAUUAAAUGUCUCCACGCCACAGAAAUCAUUAGAGGACUUCCAGGAUGUGUAUCUAGCGAUGGAGCUGAUGGAUGCCAACUUGUGCCAGGUGAUUCAGAUGGAGCUCGACCACGAGAGAAUGUCCUACCUGCUCUACCAGAUGCUUUGUGGUAUCAAACAUCUGCACUCAGCUGGCAUUAUUCACAGGGACCUCAAACCAAGCAAUAUAGUGGUGAAGUCGGACUGCACCCUGAAGAUCCUGGACUUUGGUCUGGCAAGAACUGCAGGCACAAGCUUCAUGAUGACCCCUUACGUGGUGACUAGAUACUACAGAGCCCCAGAGGUCAUCCUGGGCAUGGGAUACAAAGAGAAUGUGGAUAUAUGGUCGGUGGGGUGCAUUAUGGGAGAAAUGGUGCGCCACAAAAUCCUUUUCCCCGGUCGGGACUACAUCGACCAGUGGAACAAGGUGAUUGAGCAGCUGGGGACUCCCGCAGCGGAGUUCAUGAAGAAGCUUCAGCCCACUGUGAGGAACUAUGUCGAGAACAGGCCAAAAUACGCCGGCCUCACCUUCCCCAAGCUUUUCCCCGACUGCCUUUUUCCUGCCGACUCUGAGCACAACAAACUCAAAGCGAGCCAGGCCAGAGAUCUGCUGUCUAAGAUGCUGAUCAUUGACCCUGCUAAACGGAUAUCUGUGGACGAGGCCUUGCAGCACCCCUACAUCAACGUUUGGUAUGAUCCAGCUGAGGUGGAGGCGGCCAAAGAUCUCAUCCAAAUAUCCAUGCCUCCACCUCAAAUCUAUGACAAACAGCUGGAUGAGAGAGAACACUCUAUUGAUGAAUGGAAAGAACUCAUCUACAAAGAAGUGAUGAACUUUGAGGAGAGAACGAAGAAUGGCGUUGUGAAGGGACAACCUUCACCUUCAGGUGCAGCCGUGAACAGCAGCGAGAGCCUCCCUCCCUCCUCCUCUAUCAACGACAUCUCCUCCAUGUCCACUGACCAGACCCUGGCCUCAGAUACUGACAGCAGCCUGGAGACCUCUGUAGGACCCCUGGGGUGUUGCAGGUGACUAGCCGCCUGCCUGCGCAACCCCAUGUUCUUCCGAAGGUGAAGAACCCAACUGAAAAGGCCCAGUGAAAACACAAAGAGAAAAAAAAUGGAUCAAAAAAAAAAAAGGAAAAAAAGAGUAAAGAUCAAAAUCAAUAUAUUAAGAGCAAAACAUGAGUUAUGGGAUGUGAAAUGUUGAAUUCUAAAGCCUGUGCAUUGUCAUUCAAAAAAAAACAAAACAACAAACAGCAGUGGUAUUUAAACUGAAGUAAAUGAGCUGAGGUAUAUGUUUAUGAUUCUCUAGUUGCUUUGCUUAUAUUACCCCAAUAUCUUAUAUAAUGGCAUCCGAACAUAACGACCAAAUGCUUGGAACAGCAUCCUCUGCAAAGUGCAUAUUGGCUGGCUGCUGGUCUCCCAACUCCUCUCUCAAGCAUUUAGGCUCCAAUCAUCGCGGGCAAGGUGGGCGGCCAUUUUGCUCAUCCCUACUGUACAAUACAAGCGUCACUCGCCUCCUCCUCCUCCUCCUCCUCCUCCUCCUCCUCUUCCCGACCCGGCCCCUUGAUGUAAUGACACUGCUGUGUUUGAACCCUCAUCUGCACCCGGCACAAUCCCUGACGUAAGGUUGACUGAAUGGUGUGUUUGUAUGUGGUUAUUCUGCAGGGAUUUGUAGUUGCUCCCACCCAGAGCGACGCACCCCCCCUCCCCCCACACCCCUGUUGUACUUGUAAAUAAUGUAAUUCUGUACAGCUGAAGGACACAUAGAGUGGGACUGACGGCCAGUACACUGGGAGUUUUUUUCUGACUAGCGCACCUUGCACGUCACCGCUUUCCACCUCAGUUGCCCUCCCCCCCCAAACCCCCGCUUAUUGCUGUAGUACCUGCAUGAUUAGAUUUGGAACGAUGCUAAUCUCACUGUAUGCUAAAACGAGUCUGCAUAGAGACUUUUGUUUAUAUAUGAUGUAAACUAACUCAACUCCAGACAUGGUGGGGUGGAGGGGUCUGGCGUUUGUGAGUCUGUGUGUGUGUGUGUGUUUGAGAGACAAGCCAUUAAAGGGUCAUUACACUGUUCAUAUGAUGACCUUUAAGGAGUCCGACUUGUGUGUAACGUCCCCUUUUAUUUCCCCCUUGCAGUGUGUGUGUGUGUGUGUGUGUGUGUGACUGGUCCCUCCACCGCUCAUGCAUGUCUCUGUGUACCAUUAACCCUGUACAGGCAUUGGAGAUAGGUCCAUUUCUGCACCUUGGCGUAACCACGAGGAGACUCCUCUUAUUGUUUGGCUCUUAGAAACACACCUUUGGAAGGCGGCAGGUUGUUCAAAGGUAGAUGACGAGUGUUAACCUUUGUAGCAAUGGCUCGUCCUUGUGAAGUGGACUCGCGUCCGCUAUUUUCACCUCACGCUACAUGAAAACGUGCGCUUUAUCUUUGUUAGCUGGAUAGAUGCCACCUGUUGGCAUAUUUCAUUUCUGAGCUGGAAGGUUUAUUUAUUCAUUCAUUCAUUCAUUGGAGCCAAUCCUGGACAGGUUUUUCGGUCGGUUGCAGGGCAAACAUACAGAGACGAACAACAGUUCAGUCUCAUAAUCACACCUACGGUCAGUUUAGAGCGUUCAAUUCACCGCUGCAUGUUUUUGGACUGGAGAAAAGCCCACGUGCACAUGGGGAGAACAUGCACGUGGGAUCCAAACUGGUGACCUUCAAUCCCAGCCACCGUACCACCACGUGGCUUGUUAUUUGAGUCACUGCUUAUUUAUUUAGUCAUUUAUUUAUUUAUUUAUUUAUUUAUUCCGAUGAAUGAAACCUGAAUAUGGCAAGUGCCUUUUGGAAUGAAGCAUCGCGGGUGUAAAGAGAGAGCGAGAGUUAUUUUCCUUGGUAUGUUUUUCCCUCUGCUUCUUCUUUUUCUGCCUUACAAAACGACCACAAGACAAUUUGUGUGUAUACUUUCUUUGCUGAGCUUAAGACAAAUCCAAUAAUAAUGCAAGUUUUUUUUUCAUUCAAUCCAUUCACGUUUUUUUCAUUUAAUGUCCCUGCAUACGUUCAUCAGUCAGGAUAACAGGGUGACAGUAGAUUCCCUCAAACACACACACACACACAAAAACACUUCACUUUAUUUGCACUGCAAAGACUCGUCAGCUGCGGCAGUGAACUCUUUCUCACCUUCCUGUGUCCACUUAUGGCCUCAUAAUUCACGUUUGAUGGUGAACAUUUUAUUUGCAAAGGAAUGUGUGCAGUAGAUAAAGAGGAGACGUGAUGUUCUCACCUAUCUAUCUACUGUGUCGAGUAAUCCGUCUCAUAGCUACAGCUUUCUUUUAUUGCUUGAGAUAAAAUGCACUCCUGUCAGGCACGUCAGCGACAUGUCUUUUUUUAAUUUGUAUAUAGUGUGUUUUAUUCUUAGGUUAAAGGGAAUAAUGGAAGACAUUGUCAUUGUUUGUUUUUUUGGCUCUGCUGUUGGAUUUCAAGGCUUCCUGCAAGUAUAGUGUAUAAAUGGCACGCACAGAUAUACUAUCCUUUGGUUGCGUCAAAGACUGGAUUGUUUCGCUGCAUGUCAGGGACACUGGGACACAAAAUCAAGGGCACCUCGAUUGUUUCACUGAAUACGGGACGUGUGUUUGUUUAAAGUGUGUCAGAACACACUCUACAUUAAUAAUCACCACAUUACUAAGUAUAGGAAACUGCAUGGCUCAACCGGUUAACAUUAAAUGUUCAUUGUCAGUAGUGGAGGUGUGGUGACGUCACUCUUUACGUCUUCAUUUUACAUAUGUUUUCUUCUCACCCUGUAAGUCUGUGUCCUCUUUGUGUGCAUGUCUCCCCCCAAAAUCCUUCCCAAACACACACACACACACACACGCAUCACUUCAUAUAGCUACUCUGCCUGUGUGUGGCAUGUGUACGAUGAACCGCACACAGCACCUUCACAGAGUGGAGAGGGUAACUGAGGGCGGCGGCGUCUCCAGGAUAAGCUACGGAGGCGAGCUUGGCUUUCUGUUCAGGGUCUGGCCAGGGCAGUCGUUUCAAACAGGGUGCAGCUUUGAAAUUCUUUGUGCUUUUAAAAAAAAUGUUCCGAUCAACUUUGUCACAAAAGGGGUCCGGUGUUGGAGUCGGCUCCUGCACCACAAACACCCUCAGCACUGUUGCAGUUUUUUCUACAGGGUGAUUUUGAUUCAUCCCGACGACACUCUACUACAAAAACCUGAAACAUGUUUUUUUUUUAUUUUUGUGCGUGUGUGUUUUUGUUUUCUUUCCUCUUUUUUCAGAAUGUGAACUUCUCUUUGUAAGCCAUCCCUCCAGACAAUUCAAUUGUAAUAAUAAUAAUAAUAUUGAUAAAAAAAAGGUGCUUUCGAUCCUUUAACGCACCUGACGUUGACAUGAUUCAGCUGGGUUGUCAGCACUGAAUGUACAAAUGAAUGGUUUCACAAACGACGCACACUACUGCUGCUCUGUUCAUCAGUGCGUGUGUGCGCGCGCGUGUGUGUGUGUGCGAACAUGUGUGUGUGUGUGUGUGUGUGUACAGUAUGUGUGUGUUGGGUUUUAAAAUGAACCAGCAUCAACUUGAAACACUGUUGAGGGUUUUAAUUGGGAAUUACAUUGUCUUUUUUUUUUCUCUCACAACAUUGAAGAAUGUCAAUCAGUGCAGUUGUGUAUUUGAAAGUAGAUCAUGUAUGUAUUUAUCUUCAGCCACAAAACCUUUGGAUUAGAGAGAUUUUGUUUUUUUUAGUCUGUUAUUGCUAAUGUUAAAGUUAGGACGCAUCUUAAACUCAGUGCUGACAUCAAAAUCUUUACACAAGGUACUUAUGAUGAUCCCCAUCGUAUCAGAUUUCACCCCCUUUUUGUUUCUCAGUCACAUUGUAAAUAACAACAAUACAACAAUGCAAUACACACUUUAUUGCACUCAAGACAGGGAGGCGAGCUACUGCAAGGGUCAGGUGAUGCUUAAAUGUUUAGUCUUAAAUGUGGAACUCUCCAACGAUGAAAAACCCUGUAUAGCUCAUCUGAAUCAGGUGAUGUUGUUCUACAAUUCUUUAACACAUCCUCCCCCCAAAAUUUUUGUUUUCUUUUACUCUGUGCUGUUUUAAUAAUAAUAAUCAUUCUUUUUUGACAUUGUCAGGUUAAAAAAAAGAAA